AUGGUCAAAGUUCUUUUGACUGGAGGCAGUGGCUUCAUCGCUGCGCACAUUGUCGACAUCCUACUACAGCAUGGUUUUGACACAGUUGUUACUGUCCGAUCGGAGGAGAAGGGCAAACGGAUCCUCGACGCCCAUCCCAAUGCCUCGCAAAAACUGUCUUAUGUGAUCGUCAAAGAUGUAGCCCAGAAUGGUGCAUUUGAUGAAGCCGUUGUAUCAAACCCUCCAUUCGACUAUGUUCUUCACACCGCAUCUCCUUUCCAUUUCAAUGUUCAGGAUCCAGUGAAGGAUUUCCUCGAUCCUGCCAUCAAGGGAACCACUGGUAUUCUGAAAGCGGUUAAAGCAUAUGCACCCACCGUGAAGCGAGUGGUGAUCACGUCAUCUUUUGCUGCUAUCGUGAAUAGCAAGCAACAUCCCAAGGUGUACAGCGAGAAGGUAUGGAACCCAGUGACAUGGGAGGAGGCCAUGGACCACUCGCUGGUCUAUCGUGCUAGCAAGACCUUUGCGGAGAAAGCAGCUUGGGACUUCAUCGAAAAAGAGAAGCCAAACUUUGACGUUGCUACUAUCAACCCACCACUGGUACUUGGCCCGAUCGUUAAUUACUUGAAUUCCCUUGAGGCUAUCAACACCUCAAACCAGCGCGUGAGGGACAUCAUUCAAGGUCAAAUGAAGGAGAAAAUUGCACCCACAGGUACUUUCCUGUGGGUUGAUGUUCGUGAUGUUGCACUUGCACAUGUCAAAGCUAUUGAAGUUCCCGAGGCAGGAGGCGAGAGAUUCUUUGUUACUGCUGGCUUCUUCUCGAACAAAGAAAUUGCAGACAUUGCUCGCGAGACCCACCCCCAGCUGGAGUCUAAACUGCCCCCCGCAAAUUCUCCUAGCGACUUCCCGGCAAACAUCUUUGAAAUUGACAACAGCAAGUCGCAAAAGAUUCUCGGCAUCAACUAUCGCCCAUUGAAGCAGUCAGUCUCCGAUACUAUCGACUCCAUCUUAAGCGUUGAUGUUUGA